AUGGUGCGCAUCGCUGUCAUCCGCAUCCCCUCAUCGGCACCUUGUCCUCCGCGAAGCCUGCCCACGUGGCUCCAGGAGUUCGGCUUCGAGGGGGAGAAGAUCCUCGGAAGUGAGCUGCAGGUCAAGCAGAAUGCGCGCUUGGCUCGGGCACUGAAGCGCUUGGCGGGAGAGCUGUAUGGGAGCGACGUGCACUGGCAGCUCGAGCUGUUGCAGAACGCCGACGACAACUCCUACCAGACCGGGACGGUGCCGACUGCGGAGUUCCUGCUGAGAGCUUCAGAAGGUGGUGAGGUCAUCUUCCGCUGCAACGAGACCGGAUUUCGCGAAGCAGAUAUCCGAGCGAUCUGUGACAUUGGCAACUCGUCGAAGGUCGGUGUUGCCAAAUACGGCCCCGGCGGUCGUGUCGUUGCCACUGGUGAGAAAGGCCUUGGCUUCAAGGCAGUUUUCACCCUGACGGACCGCCCACGCCUUUUCUCCGGACCUUACCGCUUGGAGUUU